AGUACGCACAAACCAUGGACCUAACUCUCGCGAGAACUGACAGGACGAAAUUUGAAAACAGGCGGCAGUCGGUAGCAGCAAAACAGUGAAUCAACAGGGGGAAAACAUCUAAUAGGAUAUCCCACCAGAAAGAUGACGGCCGACAGCGAGAUGGAGAUAAAGGAGGCCUUCAACAGAGCCCAGAAGGGCCACAACAACAAGGCCAAGUUGGUGGCCGUCCUGAAGAAUCGCUACAACACGUUGGAGGACAAGACGUUGUUCCAUGAAAAGUUCAUCCACUACCUAAAGUACGCCAUGAUCGUGUACAAAAGGGAGCCCGCUGUGGAAAAUGUCAUCGAGUUUGUCGCCAAGUUUGCCUCAAGCUUCCAGUCUUCUUCUAAAAACGACAAAGAGGGGGAGCAGCAGCAGGAGGAGGAAGAGGAAGACGAGGAGGAGGAGGAUGACCAUCCUUUUCUCACCUUCAUCUUUAACUUCCUGUUGGAGUCCCACAAGGCCAACAGCCACGCGGUGCGUUUCCGUGUGUGCCAGCUGAUCAACAAGCUGCUGGGCAGCAUGUCGGAGAACGCCCAGAUCGACGACGACCUGUUUGACAACCUCCACCAGGCCAUGCUGAUCCGCGUCACCGACAAGUUCCCCAACGUGAGGAUCCAGGCCGCCUUGGCCAUGACCCGGCUGCAGCAGCCCCAGGACCCAGACUGCCCCACCGUCAGUGCCUACAUGCUGAUCCUGGACAACGACUCCAACGCGGAGGUGAGGCGCGCGGUGCUGUCGUGCAUCGCCAUGUCGCCCAUCACGCUGGUCAAGGUGCUGAAGCGCACGCGGGACGUCAAGGAGAGCGUCCGCAAGCUGGCCUACCAGGUUCUUGCCGAUAAGGUGCACGUCAAGGCUCUUAGCAUUGCCCAGAGAGUGACUCUAUUAGAGGAGGGCCUGCACGACACCUCAGAGGCCGUCAGGGAGGCUGUGAAGACCCGGCUCCUGCCCUCCUGGCUCAAGCACCUUGAUGGCGACGUUGUGCUGCUGCUGCCCAGGCUGGACGUGGAGAACUGCUCCGAGACGGCCCUGGAAGUGCUCAAGGCCAUCUUCACCAACAUGCCCGAAGAGGAGAUGCUGAAGGACAGGGUGCAGCUCGGCACGAGUAAGCUGAUCCCGGGGGACGCUCUGAGCUGCGAGAACGUGAUCUACUGGAGGGCUCUGUGUGAGUUCGUCAGGGCCAAGGGGGACGAGGGAGAGGAGAUGCUGGAGAAGAUCCUGCCAGACGCCGCCACCUAUGCCGACUACCUCCAAGGGUUCUUGAGGACGGUGCCCGUGCUGUCGGAGGCGCAGAGGGCCGAGUUCACCUCGCUGGAGACGGCCAUGAGGAAGGAGUUCAUCUCCCAGCAGCUCAUCCAUCUGGUCGGCUGCCUGGACACUAACGAGGAAGGGGGCAGGAAGCGCGUUCUGGCCGUGCUGCAGGAGUUGCUGUGUCGGCCCCAGACGCCCGCCUCCCUGGUGUCCCUGCUCACGGAGAAACUGCUCAGCCUCAUCCCCGAUGACAACCGCCGCAUACAGAUGGUGGCGGAGAUCAUCUCUGAUGUCAGGGAGCCCAUCGCCGAGGCCGGCCCGCCCCUGGACGAAGCCCAGGAGCGCCGGAAGCAGAUCAAGCUCGCGGAGGUGAAGGUGCGCAUCCUGGAGGCCCGCCAGGCGCUGGACGACUGCAUCGCCGCCCAGGAGUUCAGCAACGCCGCCCAGUUCAAGGACUCAAUCACGGAGCUGGAGAACCAGCGCAACCUGGUGCUGCAGGAGGCGGCCGAGGGCAGCCAGCCCAUCGACCGGGAGGUCCGCACGGAGAAGAGCGACCCAGAUACUCUCCUGAGGUGUCUGACCAUGUGCGCCGAGCUGCUGAAGCAGAUGAACAUCAAGACCCGCAUCGGGCCCACCUUGAGCGCCAUCGUGUCUUCUCUGAUCGUACCCUGCAUCGCCAACGCUCAUCCCGCCGUGCGCAACAUGGCGGUGGUGUGUCUGGGCACGAGCGCGCUGCACAGCAAGGAGCUGGCCAAGGCUCACAUGGUGCUGCUGUUGCAGAUCGCCCAGCUGGACGAGGUGAAGAUCCGUAUCAGCGCUCUGCGCUCCAUCAUCGACCUGCUGCUGCUCUUCAGCUUCCAGCUGCUCUCCGAGAAGCCUGUCACUCAGGCCACGCCGGCCUCCCAUUCGCCGGGCGGGCAGGAAGAGGAGGAGCCAACGGAAGAGAAGGGAGACUUGGCGGGGGACACGGCUCAGAGCAUUCUGCAGCUGCUGUCUGAGUUUCUCGAUGGAGAGGUGUCUGACCUGCGUACGGAGACGGCCCAGGGUCUGGCCAAGCUCAUGUACAUGGACCGCUUCUCCAGCGCCAAGAUGUUCUCCCGCCUGGUGCUGCUGUGGUACAACCCCGUCACCGAGGGCGACACCAGCCUCCGCCACUGCCUGGGCGUCUUCUUCCAGCUCUACGCCCGCGAGAGCCGAGCCCACCAGGAAGUGGUCGGCGAGAGUUUCCUGCCCACGGUGCGGACCCUGAUGAACGCGCCGGCCACGUCCCCGCUGGCGGAGGUGGAUCCCAGUAACGUGGUGGAGCUGCUGGUGGAGCUGACGCGCCCCGGGACCCUCAUCAAGCCCUCCGCGAACCACGAGGUGUGUGUGCACGACAGCAUGGCACUACGCGUGUGCGGGGAGAUCCUGAAGGACCAAACGGCCCCCGAGGUGCGGCUCUACGCCAAGACCCUGAACAACCUGGAGGUCAGCGCAAACGAGGGCACCCGGCAGGAGCUGCACGCGCUGCUGCUGGAGGUCACCCAGGUGGUGAAGGACCGCAUCUCGCUCCGUGCCGUAGAGAAGGUGAUUGACCGCCUGGUGGACUCCAAGGAGCAGGCCGAGCAGCACACAGAAACAGCCCUCCAGCCCCUAGACAUCAACGCUGACGAGUUUGUAGCAGAAGAUCCCUCUAAAUCUGUCAAGAAGCCCAAAAGAGGUCAGAAGAAGACCCCGGCCCCCAAAUCGGGCAGAAAGGGCAGCCGACGGGCAGAGUCGUCUGAGGAGAGCGACGGCGAGAACGUGCCCGAGUCGCUUCCCCGGGCCCGGCCCUCUCGCAGGGCGAAGACGGCGGCUCUGGAGAGGUACAAGCUGGACCUGAACCCCCUCAUCGACCAGGAGGCCAACACCUCCUAAGCUACACAGCACCCCACUGUACAUACAUACCGAGGUCCCCGCUGCAUUAUAACAGCCUUUCUAAUGGUUCUUGUUAAACAUUGCUUGAUGAACACCGGAUUCAUAUUGUGUUUUAUAUCUUACAAUUCCCUUUUAGAGAGAUUCAGCAAUGUCAUUUUAUAUUUGAAUCUGAAUAAACUAUUUACAACUUUCUAC